GGUGAAAACACUUGUGGGGUCGGGUGGGACAGCAGCCAUCGGCCAUGGGGUGCGGGCGGAAAGUCAGCAGUCAGUCAUCAGGCAGCCACGGCUUCCACGGUGUCUUGCAGGUGCAAUGCCGAAUGCGAGGUGUCGACGGUGUUGGUGGUGUUUGUAUUCGUACGGAAUUACAGGCAGAUGGCACCCUGUCACAAGGCACCCCACAAGGCGGCCGUGAUACGGGGCGGGAUAUCUGGUGCGCAAAAGCCCUGGCGCUUUUCUUUCUCGUCACGCCGCGGAAUCGUAUGCCGUUAAUCGGCGCGCUCGGGAUAAAAAAGGCUUCUGCUCUCGCGGGCCCCCCCAGCUUUCCCUUCCUCUUGUGCCGUUCCAGCCCAACCCAAGUCUACCACAUCCCCCUAUAUUCCCUCCAGCAACCAUGGCUACAUCCGUGCCAAUUAACAGGAGCGAGUCUCCCGUCGCUGCUGCCCCCGUCUACAGGAGCGAGUCUCCCGCAUACAGGAGCGAGUCUCCCGUCCAUGUGUCGCACGACACCGUCGCUGACAACAUCAGCGAGAAGAUCGACCCCUCAGAGAAGGUCAUGGAGGUCCACUACGCUGAGAAGCCCCACGUCGCUGGCGACGAACAGGCUGCCAACGUCGAGGCCCAAAAGCCCAUGUUCGGCAAGCGCUCCGCAAAGGUCGCUGGAAUCGAAAUCGGUCUAUGGUUGUGCCUCACGGCUUAUACUAUUGCUCUCUGGGUGCUCGGCAAAGACGACGGCGGUGCCAAGAAGGACGGUUUCGAGUUCUGGACCGUCUGCUGGGUCUUUGUCACUCUCCGUGUCCUCGCUCGUCACGUUUCCGCUACACAACUCUUCUGGAGGCCCGCCGGUAACGCGUGGAACAACACCUUCGGACGCCUGAUGCACUUUGGUCACAACAUCGUUUUCGGAGGAGUUUUGAUCGCCACCCUUGUCGCUCUCUUGUUGACGGCGUUGUUCACCUCCAGCGAAGAGUCCACCCGUGCCGAGCGUGUCCAGUCGUGGGCUGGUAUCAUUUUCCUUCUGGCAAUCAACGUCGCGCUGUCUCGCAACCGUCGCGCUAUCAACUUGCAGACCGUCGCCGUCGGUUUGCUGUUGCAGUUCGUGUUUGCCUUGCUCGUGCUGAAGUGGGAGACCGGUGCCACCAUCUUCAGGUGGUUUGCCACGUUCAUCAACAACUUCCUCCACUACUCCCACACUGGUCUUGAGUUCUUGUUCGGCACCGUUACGUCGCACAUCUUCGUCGUCUCCGUCUUCCCCGCCAUCAUCUUCUUCUGCUCCUUCAUCUCCAUCAUCUACUACUGGGGUGGUAUGCAGUACCUCGUCUCCACCCUUGGAGCCGCCAUGAUGAGGUUGAUGGACACUUCCGGUGCCGAGUCCGUCGUCGCCGCCGCCUCUCCCUUCGUUGGACAGGUGGAGAACGCCCUUCUGGUUCUCCCCUUCGUUGAGUACAUGACCAAGUCUGAGCUCCACGCCAUCUUGACUUGCGGUUUUGCCACCAUCUCCGGAUCCCUCCUGAUGGUGUACGCCGACAUUGUUCAAGACCCCCGUCUCAUCUUGACCGCUUGCAUCAUGUCCAUCCCGGCCUCCCUGGUCCUGACCAAGCUGCGAUACCCCGAGCAGGAAGAGUCCCUCACCAAGGGCAAGUGCGCCGUCCCCGAGCACGGCGAAAAGUCCGUCAACUUCCUGCACGCCGCCGGUAACGGUGCCGCCACGGGAGCCCAGCUCUGCAUCCUGAUCGCCGCCAACCUGCUCGCCAUUAUCUCCCUCUACAACGCCGCCAACGACCUUGUCGGAUGGAUGUUUGACAUGAUCGACGUCCACCGUUCCGAGGACAUCAUCCAGAUCGCCGCCGCCAAGGCCGCUGCCGCCGACGGCUCCGAGUACAUCCCCCCGUUGCACCCUACCUGGGUCACCAUCUCCUUCAUCCUCUCCUACCCCUUCUUCAUCUUUGCGUGGUUCCUGGGAGUCAACGGCAAUGAGGCCCGUAUCGCCGGUGAGGUGCUCGGACGCAAGGUCGUCAUCAACGAGUUCGACGCCUUCCUCACCCUCAAGAACCUCAAGGCCGCCGGAUACGUCAACAACCGUACCUUCCGUCUCAUGGCGUUCGCCCUCUGCUCGUUCGCCAACAUCGGUUCCAUCGGUAUCCAGGUUUCCGCCCUCGGUGCCAUCUCCCCUUCCAGGAGAAAGGACCUUGCGGAGCUCGCCGUCUCGGCCCUCAUUGUCGGAACCAUGUCCACAUGGUUGACCGCCUCUGUCGCUGGAUGCCUGCUCUAAACCACACGCUCCCAUCCCAUCCCCACAUCCCCACACUCUUUCUCUCUCUCUCUCUCUCAUCACCCUACAUUGCAGUUGAUCUGCAAUUCGGCACAUUCGGCACCCGGAUGCAGUUCAGUCCUAUUUAGUAAACCCGUUUGAUCUGUCUCCGGGAUCGUAGGCGUAUGCCGCCUGCCUGCCGGGUACCUCUUUUUUGUUUUCGUCGCCGCAUCACAUAACCCGCCACAAAUGUCUUUAUACUUAUAGAGUAGUACAUAGAUUUUGUCUAAUAUCAUUGUCGAAAACAAAGCGCACAACGAUCAUCGU